CAGUAUGUUUGUGUGAUCUGGGCGGGGCGCCAUCUCUAUCGCACACACUGCUGCUAGUUACAGCCUGCUGCUUGCUGCGUCUUUAUCCUAUAUGCUGUAGAGAAUAACCUUAAUCCUGUACCAUCAUCAACUUAUUUACUAUUCAACUUACUUAUCAACUCGGUCAACGUGUGAAGAUGUUUUAUACUUGCGGUCCCAACGAGGCAAUGGUGGUGUCAGGUUUCUGCCGCUCUCCACCACUCAUGAUUUCUGGUGGAAGAGUCUUUGUGGUGCCAUGUGUUCAGCAGAUUCAAAGGAUCUCUUUGAACACCAUGACGCUAAACGUAAAGAGUGAUAAAGUCUACACCCGUCAUGGAGUGCCGAUUUCUGUCACUGGAAUUGCACAGAUGAAGAUUCAAGGGCAGAAUAAGCAGAUGUUAGCUGCAGCUUGUCAGAUGUUCAUGGGGAAGUCAGAAAGUGAUAUUGCUCAUAUAGCCUUGGAAACGCUGGAGGGCCAUCAGAGGGCCAUUAUUGCUCAUUUGACCGUGGAGGAGAUCUACAAGGAUCGUAAGAAGUUCUCCGAGCAGGUUUUCAAGGUGGCUUCAUCUGACCUUGUCAACAUGGGCAUUAGUGUGGUCAGCUACACACUUAAAGAUGUUCACGAUGACCAGGAUUACCUGCACUCUUUGGGAAAGGCCCGUACGGCACAGGUGCAGAAGGAUGCACGUAUCGGAGAAGCCAUGAACAAGAGAGACGCAGUGAUCAGGGAGGCUCAUGCCAUGCAGGAAAAGGUGUCUGCUCAAUACGUAAAUGAGAUUGAGAUGGCUAAGGCUCAGAGAAACUACGAGCUGAAGAAGGCUACCUAUGACUAUGAGGUCAACACCAAAAAAGCCGAGUCUGAGAUGGCCUAUCAGUUACAGGUUGCAAAGACAAAGCAACGUAUCGAGGAAGAGAAGAUGCAGGUGCAGGUGGUCGAGCGCUCGCAGCAAAUCACGCUACAAGAGCAGGAGAUCACACGCAAAGAAAAAGAACUGGAGGCCAAAGUUAUGAAACCAGCUGAUGCCGAGCGAUACAGGCUGGAGAAACUAGCAGAAGCUGAACGUCUUCAGCUGAUCAUGGAGGCAGAGGCCGAGGCUGAAUCCAUUAGAGUUAGAGGAGAGGCUGAAGCAUACGCUGUGGAGGCUAAAGGACGCGCUGAAGCAGAGCAAAUGGCGAAGAAGGCUGAAGCUUUCCAACAAUACAAAGAAGGAGCAAUGGUGGACAUGCUUCUGGAGAAACUGCCACUGAUGGCAGAAGAGAUCAGUAAGCCUCUGUCAGCUGCCAAUAAGGUCACAAUGGUUUCCAGUGGAGGUUCAGAGAUUGGAGCAGCCAAGCUGACUGGUGAAGUGCUGGACAUCAUGACCAAACUGCCUGAAACUAUCGAAAAACUGACGGGAGUGAGCAUUUCCCAGGUUACCCGCACUGGUUGAAUCCACCUCAUCUUCAACACAGCCAUGAUUUGAUUUAAUGUAUGCAUGCCUCACAAUCAUUCCUUCAAUCUUUCUUUCUUUUUAUUGAAAACAUUCUCUCUUUUCUAUCAUUUUUUGUGUGUUUCUACUUUUAUCUCUCUUUUAUCUUUAAUGCACAUUUUUGUUCUCUCUUUUUCAAGUUCAUGAGUCUGUCUAACACUGUCCUUUAUGCCUUGCUGCCAAAACCCAAAGUGCAUUUUAAAGUCUACAGAAGAAGAAUGCUGUUCUUUAUAUUUUAUAAAUCUAAUGUCUAUGUUGAAUGCCAUCAGACACUACGGCCUUGACAAUGGUACAUCUUUACAUUCAUCUUUAAAUCUUGUUAUAUGUUUUGGGAGAUCAAGUGUCACAGAGGGAUCCAUUCAGGAAAGCAAGCAUUUAUAAGCUUUUGCCACAGCAUGUGUUGAUGGCAGUAAUAACAGAUGCUGUUGAAAAUGAUAUACUGUAUUUUCACUUUUCGUCAUGGAUGUGUUUUAAUAGUUUAGUUUGACAUAUCUUAUAGUAGUUUGACAUAUCUUAUAGUUGUGUGUCGGUGAUUAUCAGUAUCAUAAUGUCAAGUUUGUAUUCAUGACUGCAGAUUUAAUGUGUCUGUGUACUGAAGUCCUAAGCAGAUGACUUUAUUUUAGGACUAGACUUAGCAGGGAAAACUGUUAGUUUUUUUUUUUUUUUUUUAGAUAAUUUUACAUUAAAAUUUAUUUUAGGUUACAGUUUUUAGUCAAAUUGUUUCUUUGGAAAGAGUACGCUGUGUUUAAUAUGUUGAUUAUGUUCAUAUACUACCUGGUUAUGUUAUACACAUAUGAAUAUUUAUACUGAAGGGUAUUUGUUUUGUUUGUCAGUAUAUUUUGAAGUUUUAUUAUAAAAUAUAUCAUACACACUUAUUUGUCACUUAACAUGAUCAAUUAUUUCAAUAUUAAUGUUUGUAACACUGUUCUUUAGUCUUUAUAGAUGUUGUAUGCAAUUCAAACUGAACUAACCACUCACGUUUUUGUAUUUGUUCACAAUCUUGAAGAUGUUUAUUGAUUGAUAUUUUAUAUUCCAAGUGAAGUACGUCACUCAAUGUCCUAUCCUUUUAUCAUUGUUGGGCAGAAUAAACUUGACUAUUAUCUUAUUUAGACCUGUACGGUAAUGUUUAGAUAAAAAUAGUGUGUCAGGACAUUAGCUAGACCUACUGUUAUGAUGUGUAGGCUGGAGCUGCUAUGUUAGUGUGUUGAAAAAUACAUUAGUGUUUGUCAUUUAUAUAAUAGAUGCUUUCUUCCAUUUCUCUACCUUUAUAACGUCAUCACUACUAGUUUUAAAUGUUAUGAUUUUAUCCACUGCAAUGCAUGCAAAGACUAACAAACCAAAACCAUUGUACUCUGAAUAAACUAUUUGUGCUUAUAAUGCCUUAACUUCACAAUAUAUAAAAUUAAUCUACAAAUCAAAUGUUGUUUGUUAAGUUUGAAUAAAAUCUGUUUUAAAACAGGAA